AGCCCCCUCCCCACCCCCGAGCGUGGGGCGCACGCGCGCUCACCGUUGCGUCCCUCGCUGACGCCGGCUCGUGCACUGCAGGGGGUGGGCGGCACGAGAGCGGCCGGCGCGCGCGCACAGAGCGGUUGGGAGCAGGGGAGGCGGUUGCUCCGUGUGUGCCUCGCGGGCCUCCGCCCCGCCCCUGUCUCAGGCGAUGCUGGCGGCUGGGGCGAUGCUGCGGAAGAGGCUGAGAAGGGAGGCGGGGCCCCCCCGCCCCGCUGCCCCCCGCCUCUCGCCCAGCGGCUCCGGUUCGGAGCCCCGCCGGCCCGUCCCCUGCCCCUGAGGAGGCCCCGGGCCGAGCCGGAGGCGGCGAGCCAGCGGCCCCCUCCACGCCCCGUCUCCGUCCUCAAUGUCUCCCCCGCCGCGGGGAGGCUGCUGCCGCCUUGGAGUCCAGCCGCCCCGGCCCCCUCUCCGUAGCCGCCCCCUCGCCGCCGUCCCCUUCGGCCCGCAGCAGCAGCCGCCUGGGCGCGGAAGGAGCCCGGCCUCCCGCCUGUCACCGCCACCCGGCCGCCGCCGCCAGCCCCCGGCGGCCGCGGAGCAGCGGAGGAGGCGGAGAGACCCCCGGGGAAGAUGAAGGCGGAAGCGGGAGACAACUCCAUGAUCAACCUGUCGGUGCAGCAAGUGCUGAGUCUGUGGGCGCACGGCACCGUGCUGCGGAGCCUCACCGAGAUGUGGUACUGGGUUUUCCUAUGGGCUCUCUUCUCCUCUCUCUUUGUCCAUGGUGCUGUGGGAGUGUUAAUGUUUGUGAUGCUGCAGAGGCAUAGGCAGGGGAGACUAAUCUCAGUCAUUGUGGUCAGCAUUGGAUUUCUGGGUUCUGUAUCUGGAGCAAUGAUAACCAGUGCAGCAGUAGCUGGAAUUUACAGAGUAGCAGGGAAGAAUAUGGCUCCUUUGGAAGCACUGGUAUUUGGAAUUGGACAGACAGUACUGACAUUGAUUAUCUCAUUUUCAAGGAUUCUUGCUACACUUUGAGACUUCUGUGAAAAUAGUCAUUUGAUAUAAGGAAACCUUUUGUCUACAGAGAAGCUCCCUGAAAGUGGCUUCAGUGGCUGGAGGACAUGGAUUAGUGCAACAGGAAGCAUAUGGGACCUUUACUUCAAAUCUAGUUCAGUUAAAAGGGAAAGGACUGCCCUCUAGUGUCCACACUGUUGUACUACUGCUCUGCACCUUAUGUGCCUCAGUCACAGGGAAGGUGCAAUUAAUGUAUGUGAAGCUGUGAGAUAAAGCACCUUGAAGAGCUGCCAAUCAGGUUAACGCUUGAUGAUGAGAUCAUUGUUCUUAACAAUGUUGAAAUACAGGGACAUUUCUCAAGAAUCGGUACAUGUGCCAAAAUUGAAGUUUAAUUUUUUAAGUAUUGAUAGUGUGAACAUUUGAAGAUAAGUGCUGUGAAUAUAUUCCACAUUAAUUCAGGUAAACUAGUAAGGUACUUGCAUUUGUUUAACUGAAUCCUACUCGGUGCUGAGUGUUACCCCAUUCAGCAUAUGAAGUAACUACUUGGUUUUUGAACUGUACUUGAGUAUUACUGGGAUAUAGGACUGCAGCAGCUCUCUUCAUACAAUUAAUGUGGUUAGCACUAUAUGUAGGAGAUCUUAAGUGAAGAAAUUCUGUGAGGUUCACCACCUAUAGAAAAGAGAUUUAAUGAUUUUAUUUCUACAUACUUUGUAUUUUAUCAGUCCCAAAAUCAUCAAGCAGACUGAGAGCAAGGCAAACUAAGUACAAUCUAUUAUGUGUAUUGAGAAAUGACAUUUAAAUUAUUCCGUUAUUCAUAAAUUAUUUUGUUUGAAAUGUAGGUAUUCAUUAACCCUUCUGAAAAAAGUGCUUGCUGUUUAUCUUCAAGGAAAGAAGUUGUUUCCAGUGUGAUGUCAGAGAAGUUACUUGUUGCAAUUAAAUCUUCUUUUUAAUGAUAUUUAAAAA